UUGGAUUAUCAUUGCGAAAGGGGGGAGGGCAAAAUGAUUGCACCUGAAGAAAACCGAAGAUGAAAAAUACUUGUUCAUGUUGACAGACAGGUGUUCCCGCCAUUGUACCUCCAUCCUCAUUAUUCCCCGCAUUCACCUUUAUUGUUUUAUCAUUUAUUUUUUAUUAUCACCGAUGGAUACCAUUAGCCUAUUAGUUUUUAAUGAAUUCUCCCACCUGUCCCCUAAACCUUGCUCUCACCCUGUUUUUCCCUUCCUCUUGAUAAUCCAUCAUUCCCCUCCACAUUGAAUGUACACACGUGUAACAAGACACUCUUGUCUUUCUAUCCUGUGCCGUAUGGCAUAACCGAUUGCCCCGAGUGCUUGAGCUACAAUCAUAAGCGAUGAUUCCGUCUCACUCGUCGCAAAUAAAAGUUGCGACUUGUCUGCGCCAGUCGUAAGUCAGUGGUGGCCACGAUAAGGAGGUAAACUGCUGGUUGUACACCAUCUACGUCGAUUACCCUGAUACUCGGUGCUUUAACGUCAUCACCGGCAAGUGCCGUCCCAUAUUCCACUGAUCUGGGAGAAUGCGGCACUCCUGGAGCUGAGACCAGUGCGCAGAGUGCGCAAAUCAACGGGUACACGUUACACUCCCAUUACCAAAAAGUAAGGUGACAGUUCACCAGGAGUCAUUAUAGACCUACCACUCGAAUUUUUUUACAUUCACAUUUUACCACCUUUCUGAUACCUAAAAACGUAACCAACAAGUAUUCAAACACGUCACGUAGAAAAACGCCACUCACGCUCUCUCUUUUCCUCUCGAUUAUUACUUUGAGACAUUGUUUUCUCAUAAACAUUGUUAAAGCUACCUCGGUGGAAGUCACUCGCUUAGUGUGGAUAGCGUUAUUGGAGCGAUAAGACAGGGACGUAGGAAUAACAAAAAUAUAUCACGAAAAUUAAUAGAAAAUACCGGAAGAUAAAUCCAAGACAAAUCAACGAGCAAUAUAUUAGGAAUAUAUUGAAUAUAUUGAAUAUAUUCGUGUAAAAGGAGAGUGUGAGAAUGUAUAAAAGGAGUACUGAGAUCAUUGAAACGCCGGGAAGAGGCUGUAGGCGUUAUAAAUUAUUAGUGAGAGCAUUUUGGCUGACAAUUGUGCUGGUGCAGUCGGUGACAGUCGAUUCAACCAGAGACCAUGAGGAUUCCUCGAGGACACACGAAAGACCUCCACCUUGUUCUAGUGAAAUUUAUUGCCAUGGCGAGCUACUGCACACUGUGCAAAUGGCUCAACUAUACACCGAUUCCAAGACUUUUGUGGAUAUGAAGAUGAAGAAACCAGCGGCUGAGACACUAGCUGCAUUCCGAAAAAUGAUGAAUGAUACCAAUCACUCACCGAGUCUAGCGGAGAUUCAGUAUUUUGUUAAUAAUACUUUUGAUCCACCUGGAUCGGAGUUUGAGACUUGGAUACCUGGGGAUUGGCGGGUUACACCGAAAUUUCUCGCGUCCGUGAAGGACAGACACCUGAGAAAAUUUGCAUCGGACUUGAAUGACAUAUGGAAAAUGUUGGGUAGAAAAAUGAAGGAUGAUGUCAGAAUCAAUGAGAAUCUUUACUCCAUAAUAUAUGUACCUUAUCCAGUUAUAGUGCCCGGUGGUAGAUUCAGGGAAUUUUAUUACUGGGACUCUUACUGGAUCAUGAAAGGUCUCUUGCUGUCAGAGAUGUACACAACAGUCAAAGGGAUGCUGACUAAUUUUGUUACUAUUGUUGAUAAAAUUGGCCUCAUACCGAAUGGCGGUAGGAUAUACUACGAGAUGAGAUCGCAUCCACCGAUGUUGAUACCCAUGGUGAAGGAUUAUCUGGAUGUCACCAAGGAUUACGAGUGGCUGAAGGAGAACCUUUGGCUAUUGGAGAAGGAAUUCGAGUUCUGGAUGACGAAUCGAACUGUCGAAAUAGAGAAGGACGGUAGAAAUUACACACUCGCGAGAUAUUACGAGAGCUCAAAGGGCCCCAGACCAGAGUCUUACCGGGAGGACUACCGUAACGGCGAGCUAUUUCGAAUCAGUGAGGAGAGGGAAAAUUAUUACAUGGACCUCAAGACAGCUGCUGAAUCUGGUUGGGAUUUUUCUAGUCGUUGGUUCAUUCUAGAUGGAACUAAUAAAGGGAAUUUAUCGAAUAUCAAAACUAGGUACAUUGUUCCCGUCGAGCUUAAUGCAAUAAUAUACUAUAAUGCCGUUCUUCUGGCUGAUUUCAAUGAUCUCGUUGGUAAUAUGAGUAAAGCUGCAAUGUACAGAUCGAAAGCUGAAAUGUGGAAAACAGCAGUGAACGCUGUACUCUGGCACGAGGAAGUUGGUGUAUGGCUUGACUACGAUCUCCUUAACGAUAUGAAACGUGAUUAUUUUUAUCCAACAAAUGUCGUACCUCUCUGGACAAAUUGCUACGACAUCACGAAGAGGGAGGACUACGUUGGCAAGGUGCUCAAGUAUUUGGAGAGAAAUCAGAUUAUGGUGAAUCUCGGGGGUAUACCUGCUACUCUUGAGUUAUCAGGAGAGCAGUGGGAUUAUCCCAAUGCCUGGCCACCGCUGCAGUAUUUUGUUAUCGAGUCGCUGGACAAUACUGGAGAUGCCUGGGCCCAGAGGUUAGCUUAUGAAAUGAGCGAGAGGUGGGUCAGGAGCAAUUUUAAGGCAUUCAAUGCCACCAACAGUAUGUACGAGAAGUACGAUGCUACUGUGUCUGGGGGUGGAGGAGGUGGUGGAGAAUACGAGGUACAAUUGGGCUUCGGUUGGUCCAACGGUUUGGUCAUGCACUUAAUCAAUAAAUAUGGAGAUCGACUUGCCGCUGAGGAUCGAUUUUCGCCCUAUGAAGUCGUCAAGGAGACGUCGGCUGCACCCUCGGUCACUGUAUCAACCGCUGGACAAAUGAUGACAGGACUGAUUGCAGUUGUUAUAUCGUUGGCAGCAGGAUACAUCGGGUGGGUGGUGUACAAGAGACGUCAUUACUACGUGCCAGGUCCGUCCACAAUGGCUGGUAUCAAGAGAAAAUCGGGGGCACCUGGUGAUAAUUUCUACCGGAAGCACAUUGCGUACACCGAACUCAAGGACAUGAACAACGAUUGACCAUUGACGUUGUGAUCAAUCAACUUAGAUAAUUUUCAUAAUGAUAAUUACGGUGGGCUUGCGAGUGGACGAUUGGGGUGUGAAUCGGUGAUUGUUUUUUUUUUUCAUUUUUCGAGGCAUCACGCUGGUGUUUCAUUUGUAUUCUUCUCGUUUAAUUACAGAAAACGACGUUAUAGUUGUAAUAUAUUCUUCGGUAUUGGAAGAACUCAGAAACGCGGAAUAUUUUUCCUAAUGUGAAUAAUCGUGUGUUAUUGCGACAGUGUUGAUAAGAGCGGCGUACAAAUUAUACUUGAUAAGAGCUGCAUGAAUUAUCGAUUUUUUUUUUGUUUUCUCUCGCAAAUGCUGAAUUAACUGAGAUUUAAUGUACGAUAGAGCGGAGUUAUCCGUUGAAUUGAAACGAUAAAACGAAGAUUUUUGAGAUAAUUGUGGGGCCCCGUUCGGGGAUUAAUGGGUCCGAUAAGAUAGGUGAUAAUUUUCGUUUGUUUUUGUAAUCCGGAGGGACUUUGUGAUAUUCGCGGAUAAUUGAGGAAUUGAUUUCAACGGCCAUUUAGCUAUUGUAUAGAAUUAUUUCAAUAAUUGUAGAAGACGAGAGCAAUGUCGUUUAGAUGAAUUUUUAAUUGGGCAGAGGAUUUGCAAUUCUUUUUGCCAUUAGCAAGUGUAUAGAUAAAUCUUUUAUGUGUCAUAUUGUAUAUUGUAUAAAUAUCUCGAAGACAAUUACCUGAAGCCGAAACCGUUCGACCUCUACAGAAAUAAAUGAGCGUGUAUGACAAAAAUAUGUGCCUAAUCUAUUUGUAAUUUUCUUUUUUAAUUAAUAGUUCUGCAUAUGUUUGUAUUAAAGUUGACAAUGAGGAAUAGAUGGUGUAGUAGGUAAUCACGACUCGACGGUUCCGGUGAUGAAUGAGUAAACAAUAAAUAUUUUAAUCUUGAAUAAUA